GAGCGGGGGUGGAGCCGCCCAGGAGGGCCGGGCGAGCGGUACUCCUGCGCUCCAGAGAGAAAGAAGCGUCGGCGAGCAGGGCUUUCUUGCCCCUCUGCUGCCUCGGCGCUGCGCCGGCUUCCCGCUGCACGGCAGGCAGGAGGCUGACUCUUAACAUGGAGCUUGAGCGACUGAACUUGGAGAGGGCCCCGGAGUCACAGGAUGAAGAUGAGAGAAAUGAAGGCAGAAACUGUGCGGCUUGUAGUAACUGCAACAACAUCCAUGACACCGUUUCUAAAUGGAUGCUUCCAGAAGAGGCCAGGGCGACCUACCUUGAAAGAGCCAACUGCAUCCCACCACCUCUCUUCAUCAUUGCCAUCAGUGUAGCUGAGCUGGCUGUGUUCAUUUAUUAUGCUGCUUCGAAACCCCAGAAACAGUGGAUCACUCUAGACAACCAAAUCCAGGAAAGCCCUCUUAUUUACAGGCCUGACAAAAGGCAGGAAGCCUGGAGAUUCUUGUCUUACAUGCUUCUGCAUGCUGGCAUUGAACAUAUCUUAGGAAACCUUUUCCUGCAGCUUCUUUUGGGGAUUCCCCUAGAAAUGGUUCACAAAGGUCAUAGAGUUGGAUUGGUUUAUAUUUCAGGAGUGAUUGGAGGUUCCUUGGGCAGCUCAAUCUGUGAUCCCCACCAGGGUCUGGUAGGAGCAUCUGGAGGAGUCUAUGCUCUUAUUGGAGGAUACUUCAUGAAUGUUAUAGUGAACUUCCAAGAAAUGAUUCCUUUGUUUGGAGUUGCCAGAUUACUAUUCAUCUUCCUAAUAGUUGGGACAGAUGUAGGAUUUGCUUUGUACAGAAGAUUUCUUCCUCCUGUGGAUGGGCCUGAGGUUCAGAAUUAAGCACGGUCUGUGCUGGGGCCGCUUCAGUGACUUCUUGGGCAGAUCUGUAAGGAGCUUCAACUAACAUGGGAAGGAAAGCUGAGGGACGCUGUGCAUGAUCCAGGUUGCAGGAGAAAGUAGGUGUAUGAGAAGACCUGAACUACUGCUCAGUGAUCAUGUCUGGAAAGAUAGAACUUAACUUCCUCAGUGAGUCUAUGUGUGAGCAUCUGUAGUCUAUGCAGCCCCACACAGGGAAGGUGCAUUUGAUCUUGCCUCAUUUGCCGUUGUAACGUGUAUACGUUUUAAAUUGUGUUUUAAAUUGUUUUUAAAAGAUGUGUUUUUAAAUUUGUAUAUUUGUUUUUAAUGUUUUUAGUUAUUGUAAACUGCCCAGAGAGCUUUGGCUAUGGGGCGGUAUAUAAACAAACAAACAAACAAACAAACAGGGAAUUAGCCCAUUCUCUUGAUACUGCAUGUAGUACCAUGCAGAGCAGAGAGCCUGAUUGUGGGAAGUGGCCAUCUUUUGGAUGAGGUUUGCAACUGGAUUUAGACAUGUUUCUCAGAAAGGAGGGCCUGGCUUCCAGCAACUCCCCUGAGAACUAAUGGCAGCUUCUACCUCUCUCUGUGUCUGUGUCUGUGUCUGUGUGCGUGCGUGCGCCUGCAUGCACACAUGCACAAGGCUCACUUUGGGGCAAGUGCCUCCCUCUAGGAUUUAUCGUGGGGUCCUGUUGUGCCCUCGUGGCCUCAGGCAAGCUCCCCUUUUUUGUGGAGUUCCUGUUUCUUCUGUCUGCUGUGUGUUGGCCGAGAGGGCAGAGCGCCUGUCCUUGGGAGCUUUUCUCACAAAGCCCUGGGCUGCUGCUGUGGUCCUUGCUUACAGCCACUGUCUUCCACAAUAUGGACUACACUGAAAUGCUCCUGGAUACUUGCUGAUACUUCUGCUCUGUCUCUUACUAAUACUACAGCAGUUUUUGUGUAAUGUCCGCUGUUUGAUCCUCCAUCCUAAAGUGGAGCACCAUUAAGUCUAUGUGUGCUUUUGUUUUCUCU